AUGCCGGCUCCUCUGUUCAAGCGUUUCGCUCCGCCGACGCUGGCGACUGCAAAGCAGUCGUCACCACCCGCAGCGACGCCAAAAUCCAAGAAGAAGAGCAAGACCACGGAGGUAGUCGCAGCACCAGCGGAAGCUCAGGAGGAUGUGGUUAUGGAAGAUGUCCCUGCCGAAACACCGAGAUCGAGCAAAAAGUCGAAGAAGCGGAAGAGCGAAGUGAUUGAAGAGCAAGAUGAGAAAAAUGAAGAGGUUUCUAAGAAACACAAGGCCGUCUUUUCGAAAUUCGAGAAGGCUUCAAAAUUGGCAGAAGCAAGGAAAGAUCAAGACGAGACAGAAGACGAUAUCGAACAGCCAGAGGAAGAGCUUCAUGACCUCAAGCCUAUGCCACAGCCUGCACCUGUACCAGAGCCUGAGUUCGCCCCCACCUUCUCGACUCUGCCCUCAUGGCUCGCUCAGCCCAUUAUCGUCGAAGCCGCGAAAACCACACCUUUCGAGGAGCUCGGUACUCAGCCAUACUAUGUCAAGAGGCUUGAAAAGCUAGGGUUCACGAACGCGCUUGCUGUGCAGACUGCGCUGCUACCUAUGCUGCACAAUGGAUUCGAGCAACAUCUGGGAGACAUCUGCGUGUCUGCGAAGACUGGCUCAGGAAAGACAAUGGCAUACCUCCUGCCAAUAAUUGAGGCUUUGAAAGACCAGGCAGCUCCAAUGCUAUCUGCAGUAGUCGUGGUUCCUAGUCGACAGCUGGUCAACCAGGCUCUGCAGGUCGCCGAAGAGCUAUGCGCCGGGACAAAGAUCAAAGUUGGCACAGCGCUGGGCAACAUUCCUUUGGCAACUGAGCAGAAAGAGCUGGUUAAGCUGAGAGCUCAGUACAACCCGGCCAAGGCGAAGCAGCUACACGCAAAGGCUUCUCAACAACUGGAGACUGGUUUCGUCGAGAGGAGUGGCAUGCUUGAGGAUCUCAUGAGCAUGCCUCGAGACCAUAUCCCCCGCUACGACUCUGGUGUGGAUAUCCUCAUCUGCACUCCUGGACGACUUGUGGAGCACAUCGAACACACAACUGGCUUUCUUCUCAAGUCUGUGCGCUGGCUUGUUAUCGACGAAGCAGACCAGCUGCUGAACCAGAACUUCCAAGGUUGGGCGAGCGUCCUGAUGAACGCACUAUACAGCGACACGCCGCCUGAGUUUAUGAAUGCCCAGGAACGCCUUAGAGAACGCGAGAAUGGCUCGAUCUGGUCUGUCGCCUUGCCCGCCCGUAGGCAGCUCACCAAGAUCGUCCUGAGUGCUACAAUGGAAAAAGAUCUCACCAAACUGGGAACACUGAAGCUUCGACGUCCGAAGCUCGUUGUCGUGCAGGGCGAGAGCGUCCAAGACCAGCCUCUCCAGAGUGAGGAGAAUGUAUUCGAGCUUCCCUCGACCCUCGACGAGUAUGCAGCACCUGUCAACGACGGCGCAAAUAAGCCCCUACACUUGCUGCACGCUCUGCUCAACUACGUUUUCGCUGGGAUCAAGUCUUUCUCCAACCAGGAAUCUUCAGACUCAGACUCUGCGGAUUCUGAUUCGUCUUCUGAAGACGAGUCCGAGGCAGAGGGGCAUGUGUCGAUCGCAAGUCACAUCAGCCGAGUCUUGAUCUUCACGAAGAGCACCGAGAGCGCCUCGCGUCUAUCACAUCUUCUAUCCGAGCUGGAACCCUCGUUCAAGAAGUACAUGAAGACCAUGACUCGCGCAUCCACAGCAGACGCUGCUCGCAAGCUUCUCAAAUCAUUCAACACCGGAGAUGUCAAGAUACUCAUAGCCUCCGACGCAGCAUCGCGAGGACUUGACAUCCCCAGCAUUACACACGUCAUCAACUAUGACAUGCCCACAAGCAUCACAAGCUACGUGCAUCGUGUAGGACGAACAGCACGUGCAGGCAAGCCUGGUCAGGCUCUGACCCUGUUCUCGAAGACCGAAGCCGCAUGGUUCUGGAAGCAGAUCGCUGCAGGCGACAACGUAAGGAGAGGCGAUAAGAAGGUCAUCCGUAUGGAUUGGAAGGAGAGGGAUGUCACAGGAGACGGCAGGAAGAAGGUUUAUCGCGCCGCCCUCAAGCAGCUCGAGGGCGCAGUGAAGGGCAGUACGGAUACAGCCGAGUAGGUCUCUCAGUGGCGAUCACAUCGUUUGGGCGUCGGCCUAUCCGACAAGAUUCGAUGUGCAAAUCACUAUAUAUCUCCAGGCUAGGUGAUCACGCCUUAGUAGACCGUUAGCAAGGUAGGCUAGGCUCGGCACCGUGAAAGGAAGGCGAUUUGCCCGCAUUGCGGCAGGAGUUGCGGAGCUUUCGAAGAUAAGCACACCAUUGCUGGACCACCUCUAUCACGCCAGCACCACUGCAUUGCGAUCCAAGACAAGCUUCGAGAAAGCUUGACAGCAUUGCUUAAUACCCUCCUCUUUGAGAGUGCGCGCCGCUGCAGACGUUCGGAGCUUGGGAAGAAAGACAGGGCUGAAGUCGGGUCUGCAUUGAAGCUACGACCUGAAGAGGCAGGUUAGAAGUACAGUU